AUGCUCUAUCGUCCUACAACCAACUCCCUAUCCUUCGUCAGGACGACAGUGCGUACAAGGCCAUGCUGCGUCGUCGCUUCCCACCACUCUAGAGCCCGUAAACAGUCGACAAAAGUGCACCCUGCAGCUCCAUCAGCGAGUCGGCAGCUUUCGAGAGAAAGCAGACCUACCAACCUUGUUGAGCAUGUCUGGACCGGCAUCGAUAACCUCGUCAGCUGGGCGCGAAAUGGGUCCAUGUGGCCCCUCACCUUUGGCCUCGCCUGCUGCGGCAUCGAAAUGAUGCACGCCUCCAUGCCCCGCUACGACCAAGAUCGCCUCGGCAUCAUCUUUCGAGCCUCCUCGCCAGGCGGACGUGAUGAUUGUUGCCGUUAUAGCGUCGUCCGAGGAGUCGACAGGAUCGUGCCCGUCGACAUAUACGUCCCCGGCUGCCCGCCCACGGCCGAGGCUUUGCUCUACGGAAUAUUUCAGUUGCAAAAGAAGAUUAAGCGAACAAAAUCGUACGGACCAAAGGGUGUCAAGAUCUCCAUCCCGGCGGCCAAUCAACGGAGUGCAAAAGGCGAUUAUAUCCGCGAGCUGGGUCGCGCCGCAGGACCGCCUCGCCGCAUGCGGGAGAACAACGAUUACCCUGUCGAUAUCGUCGACGAACUGCAGGAUGAAGGUCUCGAUAACCUAGCUACUUAUCUCGAAAGCAAUGCCGCUUCCAACUGUACGCUAGAGACCGCGGCCAAGCGCAUGGAAUGGGGCGACCUCACCAUCGCGGAAAGGGAAGAAUACGUCGAAGCCGUUCUAUGUCUACAGUCACUCCCCUCUCAGGCCCCCGAGGGUGCGGCACCCGGCGCAAAGACUCGAUACGAUGACUUUGUUGCCAUUCACAUGAUAUACAUCGCCACGCUUCACUCCCCUGCCCAUCUCCUCCCCGCCCACCGAUUGUACACAUAUUUCUACGAAAAGGCGCUAAGAGAAGAAUGCGGCUAUUCGGGGUACCAGCCUUACUGGAACUGGGGCCGAUACGCCGACGACCCCGUCAACUCUCCGCUUUUCGACGGUAGCGAAACGAGCCUGGGAGGAGAUGGUGCCUUUAGCGAAUACCCUGGAUGCAUCACCGAGGGUCCUUUCAAAGACAUGGUUGUGAACCUCGGUCCCGUAAUUCCUGGCAUGCCCGACACGCCCCCGAACCCCCAGCCAAACGGCCUCGGCCACAACCCGCGCUGCCUUCGCCGCGACGUCAACCAGCACUCUUCGGCCAUCACGACCCCGCAGCACACGUUUGACUUGAUCGUCGAGUCGGACGACGUGGAAAAGUUCCACGACCGGAUGAUGGGCAUCGGCUCGCAAAAGGACCUUGGCGUCCAUAUUGGCGGGCACUACACGAUCGGUGGAGACCCAGGCGGCGUACGACCCUACGUUUCCCCGGCCGACCCGGCCUUCUUCUUCCACCACGGCAUGAUUGACCGCGUCUGGUGGAUCUGGCAGUUACAGGACCUCGAGGCCCGAAUGACCGCCAUCCCCGGCCAGGACCCGAACGCCCCGCCGCCGCUGGACUGGGCGACGACCUUGUUCGACCAGUACGUUUCCGCGUACCCGCACCUUCCGGGCGACGCCGAGUUCGAUUACGAGGAGUACUUGGACACGGAUGCGGUGGACUUUGGCUGGCUGGGCGGGCCGUGGACGUUGAGAGAACUGGCGGACACGGUGGGCACGACGGGCGGGGCGUUCUGUUACAUCUACGUCUAA